UAUUAAAAGUGAAUAAAUAUUAAAAUAAAACCAGCAAAAACGGUGGACGGGGGCGAGGAAAACACAAGAAAGAACUGUUUUUAUUAUACACACACGCAUAAUUUAAAAAGAAAAAGAGGAAAAAAAGUUAAUGCAAGAAGACAAAAAGAAAAUUUGCACGCAAAAAUUGUGAAAGAAAAAAUUUAAUUGUUAAUUAGUUGGGAAGAAAAUUUAACAAAGUGUCGCAUAGUGAGAAAAUUAAACCGAAUAAACGUUUUAAGGUUUAUGAUACGUUCAUGCUAAGGGCGAUUUUAGGGUCGGAUUCGACCGAUUCUCAGGAGGACGCAGCAGCAGCAGGUGUGGGGACGGCAGCUAGCAGUAGUAGUGUUGGUGGUAGUGGUAAAAACUCAAAUAGUCCAGCAGCUGGCUCACAGGGCAGUAAAACUGCCGGCGGAGGUACAGGCAAAUUGGCCAGUUCAUUUUGUAGAGGUGGAUGCAGUCGUUCGAUAUCAUCGAGUGCGGUAUUAAACAAUUACGAUUACGGCACCCCAGCCACAGUAGCUCCUUCCACAUCGACUAUUUCGGGCAGCGGCUGUAUAGCAUGCGAAGCUGAUAAACACUAUCAGCAGCAGCAUCAGCAACAACACUAUCACUCCGAAACGGCAGAGCGUAAAAGUCGUCGCAGUUUUGCCACACGCAGUAGUUGCAGCAAAAUGUCACAUUCCAGUUCGAGUUCAAUGCGGGGCAGCUCACGCAGCUGCCUGUCCAACAACUCUAAAUCCGUUUCGCCCGGCAGCUACAGUUGUAAUGCUUUAAAUGUGGACUUUAGCACAUACACGGCCACCCAUCAGUGGACAAAAAUGUUAGAGUGUGCAGAAUUUGUGGGGGCUAAGCGUUCCAAACAUACGGUGGUGGCCUACAAAGAUGCCAUGUAUGUGUUUGGCGGCGACAAUGGCAAGACCAUGCUUAACGAUUUGAUACGUUUCGGUGUCAAAGAUAAAUCCUGGGGUCGUGCUUGUGCCACCGGCACACCACCCGCUCCCCGCUAUCAUCAUUCGGCGGUGGUGUAUUGCAAUUCCAUGUUUAUUUUUGGUGGCUAUACGGGUGAUAUACACAGCAAUUCGAAUCUCACGAAUAAAAAUGAUCUAUUUGAGUAUGAAUUUCAAAGGGCCAUGUGGGUGGAGUGGAAAUUUUCGGGAAAAAUGCCGGUGGCUCGUUCAGCUCAUGGUGCAGCAGUUUAUGAUAAUAAAAUGUGGAUUUAUGCGGGCUAUGAUGGUAAUGCAAGGUUAAACGAUAUGUGGACUUUAAAUUUAUCGGGUGAAAACCAUCAAUGGGAGGAAAUCGAUCAAAAGGGCGAUCGUCCGCCUACAUGCUGCAAUUUUCCGGUGGCUGUGGCCCGCGACUGCAUGUAUGUGUUUUCGGGACAAAGUGGUAUGCAAAUAACGAAUUCUUUAUUUGAAUUUAAUUUUAAAAGCAAAACCUGGCGACGCAUAGGCAACGAACAUGUGUUAAGAGGUGUGGCUUCCCAACCUCCCUCAAGACGUUAUGGUCAUACCAUGGUCCAUCAUGAUCGUUUUCUAUAUGUUUUCGGGGGCUCUGCUGACUCUACUUUGCCCAAUGAUUUGCAUUGCUAUGAUUUGGACUCUCAGGUGUGGUCGAUUAUACAACCUGAGCCCAAUUCGGAUGUACCCUCGGGCAGAGUAUUCCAUGCCAGUGCCGUGAUAAGUGAUGCCAUGUAUAUAUUUGGUGGGACGGUGGAUAAUAGUGUACGCCGCGGUGAUACCUAUCGCUUUCAAUUCUCCAGCUAUCCGAAAUGCACGUUACGCGAAGAUUAUGGCAAAUUUUUUAGUGAAAAACAAUUCUGCGAUAUACAAUUCAUUGUGGGACCCGAAGAAACCAAAAUUAUGUCUCAUAUAGCCUUUGUGGCGGCCAGAUCGAAAUAUUUGCGUACAAAAAUAUUGGCCGCACGAGAUGCCAGGCAACAGCAAAUGGAAAAAGUAUUUGGUUCGGGUUGCAUCGAAGUGCGCAGUUGUCCGCCAGGCGCCAAUCAAGAGCCUUUGCUGGAGGUGAGAUUGCUCAAUGCUAAUCCCGAGGCUUUUGAGAUUAUACUCAAUUAUAUAUACACGGAUCGUAUUGAUUUGAAAGAUACGUAUAAUAAGAAUAUAAUAAUCUUAAUAACGGAUAUUUAUCAAUUGGCUGGCUUGUUUUUAAUGCCACGUUUGGCUCAUGGCUGUAUACAGUAUUUGGAUUUUAAAAUCAAUAAACAAAAUGUCUUGGAGGCUUUGUAUAAUGCGGAUAGAAAGAAAAUACAAAUUGUCAAGGAUCAUUGCAUGCAUUUCUUAAUCAAAGAGGAAAACUUUACCGAUGUGGUUAUGUCCAAUGAAUUUAGUGAUUUAGACAAACCUUUAUUGGUGGAGAUCAUACGCAAAAAGCUAAAUCCCAGCAAAAUAGUGGCAGAUCCCAAUGUGGAUAAAAAUGUGGGCACCACAUUGGAAAGUGAUAUGGCGGUAUUUUUGGAGUCCACGGGUAAAGAUUUUUGUGAUAUCAAUUUGGUGUUGGAGGGCCAUGUUAUAAUGGCCCAUAAAUCCAUAUUGUCGGCUAGAACACAAUAUUUCCAGGCCAUGUUUCGUUCAUUUAUGCCACCGGAUAAUACGGUUAAUAUUUCCAUUGGCGACAUUUUACCCUCCGUCGAAGCCUUCCAAUCUCUGCUGCGCUAUAUCUAUUAUGGCGAAACCAAAUUACCACCCCAAGAUGCUCUCUAUCUGUUUCAGGCUCCCCAUUUCUAUGGUCUCUCCAACAAUCGUUUACAUUCGUUUUGCAAAUAUUCCCUAGAGCACAACAUCACCUACGAGAAUGUCCUGCAAACCCUAGAAGCUUCAGAUUAUACGAAAAUUUUCGACAUUAAAGAACAUGCCUUAAAGUUAAUUGUUAAGGAUUUUGCUCGUGUGGCAAGGUUGCCGAAAAUCUCCGGCCUCUCGCGUGAGCUUUUGCUGGAGAUAAUACGAGCUGUAGCCGAUUCACAUGGUGAAUUUUUAACACGCAUUAGUAUUAAUACAGAUAUCUGAAAAUUGGUGUUAUUACAGCCUGCUUUACAAUUCCUAUUGGCCUGGCUGCAAAAGGGCAACAAUGCUGCCUGACACCUUAAAGUAAAUUCUCUUAACGAACAUAUAUUUUAUGUUUUUUUUUUAUUAUUUCUCUAUAUUAUCUUAAAUAUAAUAAUAGUUAAAGAAAUAUUCUUGUGUUAAAGAAAUUUAUCUAAAUCUAAAUGCUUUAUAACACUUUAUUAUCUUUAUUUUAAGAGUUAUUUACUCUUAUUAUAUAGAAAACAAUUUCGUAAAAUGCUUAUGUACUCGAAAUUCUUUUAAAAUACUCUCUAUCUCAUUUAAAUUUUAUUUUAAUAAACGAUUUUUUUUUAGAAUUAAUCUGUGUCUGUGUAUUUUUAAGCUUCAAGCAUGUUUAUUUGUUUUUAAGUGGUGUAUGUAAUUGUAUGUCUUAUUUUUUCUUAAUUUUUGUUUAAAAUUAUUUUAAAUAAUCUUUUUGUUUUAUAUUAAAUAUAAAAUUCAAAAAGAUUUAUACAAAUAAAGCUAAAAAUAAACUUAUAA